UCCUUCGGGCAAUUGGCUCUAGGGUUCGAUUAAGCAGACGAGUCAGUAGCCCACCAUGAAACGCCCACCACCACGCGACGACGCGGCGGCGGCCGGCAGCAGCGGAGGCGGCGGAGGGUUCAAAAAGGGGAACGGAAGGUGGGGCGGGAAGAAGCGGAACGAGCAGCGGCUGGGAGGCAGCGGCGGGGCGCUCUCCCUUGCGGCCUUCGCCAACGCCAAGUCCAGGAACACCGGCUACAACCCGGCGCUCAUCAAGAAGCAGAAAGAGUUCUACAGGAAUGCUAAAUUGAUUAGCAAGUACAAAAGGUCAAGGAAGCAACAAAAUCAGUCAAACUAUACUCCACAAGUUCCAACCUGUGAGGAAGGAGAUGUUGAUGCAGAGGAUGAGCCAAAGACACAUGAUAAGAGGAAGAAGCGCACUUCACAAAGCUUGAAAGUAGAGUACGAGAAAAAGCGUUUGGAGGAUGAGAAGGCAAAGAAGGAGCGGGAUGCGAUAAUCCAGGCAAAGAAGGAGGAGCGAGAGAAGUCCGAAGCAAAGCGGAAGGAGCUGAGAGAGAAGAUGUUUAAGAGGACGCGAUCAGGGCAGCCAGUGAUGAAAUACAGGAUCGAGCAUCUCUUGGAGACUGCACUGGAAAGCUCAAACAAGUGAGUGGUGAUAAAUUGAUAUGUUCUAUGACUAAUGCCACAAUUGCAAUAAAAAUCUAGUUCAAUGCAGUGAUAAGUUUGUUUUAUUU